AUGACGGCAGGCAUCUCCAUCGCCGAAUACCUCUUCCGCCGUCUGCGCGAGGCAGGACUCAACGCCGUGCACGGUGUACCAGGCGACUACAACCUCCGACUCCUCGACUACGUGAUCCCCUCCGGACUCGAAUGGGUCGGGAACUGCAACGAACUAAACGCCGGCUACGCGACAGAUGGCUACGCGCGCAUCAAAGGAAUCGGAGCAAUUGUUACGACCUUCGGCGUCGGCGAGUUGUCAGCGAUCAAUGCGAUCGCUGGUGCUUACGCAGAGAUGGCACCCGUUGUGCAUAUCGUUGGAACCCCGAAUCGAAGUGACCAGCAGAAUGGUGUGAAGCUUCAUCAUUCGUUUUGUCGUGGACAGCCCGGGGACUAUAGGAUUUUUGCGGAGAUGUAUGAGAAGGUUACCGUUGCGCAGGAGAAUAUUACGGAUGUUGGGACUGCUGCGGCGCAGAUUGAUCGUGUUAUUCGUGAGUGUUUGGUUCAGUCGCGGCCUGUAUAUGUUCAGGUUCCUAUGGAUAUGGUGGAUGCUAUUAUCCCGGGAACGCCUCUUGCGCGGGUUUUGGAUCUUUCUCCGGCUCUUGGUGAUACUACGCUCGAACGAGAAGUUUGCGAUAUCAUUCUUGAUCGCAUGAAGACUUCCUCGAAGCGGUUCAUAUUGGUGGACGUGGGGACUUCUCGUUAUGGGCUUUCUGCUCAGACUGAUCAAUUGAUCAAAGCCACUGGGUUCCCAACUGCUACGACACCGUUUGGAAAGGGAAUUGUCGAUGAGACGUUGCCCAAUUUCCAUGGAAUUCAUGGAACUGUUGGACCUCAUAUAUUCACUUCUUAUGUCGACUCUUGCGAUCUCAUCAUGAACAUCGGACCGGCUCACAGCAAUGUCAAUACAUACUAUUUCGCCACUGUGCCCAAACCAGAAGUGACCAUCACGAUCGAGAGGGAUACUAUUCACAUGGGCGACCGCACGUGGAGCGUAUCUCCACAACGAAUCCUCCGAAGAGUUCUCGAAACCCUAGAGGAGGACCCACUCCCCAAAGCCGUCUCAUAUCCCGAUCUACCCAAUCUGCAUCAGAUCCUCCAAUCCCUUCCUCCCGUCAAUCCAACCUCCAAACUGACACAAGACACAUUCUGGUACCGCAUGUCAUCCUUCUUCCGCGAAGGCGACAUAAUCCUCACCGAAACGGGAACCGCUAGCAACGGAAGCCGGGAUUUCGUUCUGCCCAAAAACACAACCCUCAUCAACUCGGGUAUCUGGCUCUCCAUCGGAUACAUGCUUGCCGCAACACAAGGAGCGGCUCUCGCCCAACGACACCUCUCUCAAUCCGAUAACCCUCUCUCAAAGGGUCGAACGAUUCUCUUCGAGGGCGAUGGCAGUUUCCAAAUGACAGCCCAAGAACUGAGCACCAUCAUCCGGCAAAAAUUGGAUGUCAUCAUCUUCAUUAUCAAUAACAAUGGAUACACGAUCGAGCGACUUAUCCACGGUCCGCAAGAAUCGUAUAAUGAUGUCGCUUCGUGGCGAUUCCUUGAAGCACCGUCUUUCUUUGGGGCGGAGAUGGCGGAUCCUUCUUAUCCUGUUUAUACGGCGAGGGCGACGACGUGGGGGGAGCUUGGUGGUGUUUUGGCGAGGGAUGAGAUGCGUGGUGGGAAGGGGUUGAGGAUGGUCGAGUUGAUGAUGGAUGUGAUGGAUUCUAAUGAUACGCUCAGGUUGAUGCUUGAGUUGUGGAAGAGUAAGAAGGCUGAAUAG